UGAUCACUUUUGUGCAGUCUUUUAAUCAAAUAUUCGAUAGGGUUUGCAUAUGAAGGGACGUCAAGUUACCACCAGAUUUUAAUCAUUGCUGCUGAACAAGAAAGGGUUUUUCAUCUUAUUCUCAGCCUAUAGCUGCAAUCUUAGAACUAAAGCCAUAGAGAAACAAAGUGAUUAAUUCGUAACGUGCACGAAUAAUGCAUGGAUCUCGGCCCUUAAUCUGCCUAGCUUUAACAAAAGAUCUAUAGCGUAGGAAAACAAAGCGAUACCUAUUAUUUUCCUCCAAUGGCAACGAAGAGAAAAUACUCCAGACUAUUAAAAGGAUUUCCUCAAGACAGGUUCAUUUCUUAUCAGUUAUUCUUUAAGGUAAACCGCAGUUGCUUUCGACUUAUGUCCAAAAAAUAACAACCGUAACGGCUUAUUUCAGGCGUGUUUUAUCCGAGAACAAGACCGUUUCAACCUCAGGUGACUUGAGAGAAGCAUGUUUGAGACAAAAUUUUGAUUUCACUAGAGGCAAUUUGGUUUUAGUAGUAGCUGAAAAUGAGGCGCUGAAGAUGAAUACGUAAGAUUACAUCGGGAUUCUGUUCAAUAUGGGAAACACGACAGCCGUGGAGGUGAACAGUUACUUUUCAGAACCAGUAGAUGCCAGAACAUUUCGCGCUUUAAUAGUAUCGUGGGCAUUACUCGGACUUAUCUCUGCUGGAUUGAACCUUUUCGUGUGCGCCAUGGUGAUCUUUAACAAAAAGCUUCGCACAAUGACAAACUAUCUUGUUCUCAGCUUGUCUAUCUCUGAUCUGAUGGUAGCGGUUGUGUUUGUCCCUGUGUACAUCAUCGAUCAUUACGUCAAGACAGUCAUCGCAGGCUAUUUUGUGGCCUUCGUCUUAUUAACAACGGUUUUCAAUCUCUGUGGCGUCACGUACGAGCGUUAUAUCGCGUUGACACGACCUUUUCGUUAUCGAGCGAUCAUUAACAACCAAAAUGUGACCGUUAUUAUCAGUAUCUCUUGGAUCCUUCCACUGAUUCUGUCUCUUCUUCCGUUGGCUUGGAACACCGACGCGACUUCCACCAUUCACAAAGCCUACCUGGCGACUAUUUUGGCCACUUGCAUCUUCAUUCCAUGUACGACAAUGGUGUGUGUUUACAUGGGUCUGUUAAGGGUGGUACAUCGUUUUGUGAUAAGAAAUAAGAAACGGACGUGCAAAGGUAACAAUACCGGAUACCGGGCGGGCAACGAAGAGAAAGCAGCUGGAGUAUUUGCCAUCGUUCUUGCGAUGUUCCUUGUUUGUUGGCUUCCUCUCAUCUACAUCAACAUCUGUUUGAUAACAGACCAGAGACAUCUUCUCUCUCAUGAACUAAUACUAAUCUCUUUUUACACCUUAGUUCUCAACUCUAUACUGGACCCUGUAAUCUUUGCACUUUAUAAAAAAGACUUUCGUGAGAUGUUGAAGAAGCGCUUAAGGCUCAAAUGUCCCGGCAAAGACCAAAAUGGCCACCCCAAAGAAGAUUCUGACAUGGGUUUAAGAAGGCUCUCUUUGAAAACCAAUAACUUUGAGGAGGUUACAUACCCCUAACAACGGAGACACCAAAAAGUGUCAUAACUACCUAUUUUAGCACGUUGAAAAUGAAUGUUAUUGAACGACUAUUUUGACUAAGACGGCAAAAGUAAAAAUUUAAGUGUUAAUUCUAAAAAGAUCUUUCGGUUAGCUGAGAGCUUCACGAAUAAAAUUCAGCUGUGAUAACGCUGGAGAUGGCAAGGAUGCAUUGCAUCUAAACUUAAUUGGAAAUUGCUAUCUGGUGGACAAGCUACCGUAGGCAGUAAAUUGAGCUUGAUGUUUUUAUUAGUUUGUUUUUGUUAUUGUGUUUUUUGUUUUUUCCUUUUGUAUGGAAAACCUCUGAAAGAAUUUUUAAAAAUGAUUACGCUAUGGAGUAUAAUUUAAUCAGAACCUGUGCCUAUAGAUGGAAACGGUGAGGCGGAAUUUACAACAACCGUUGUUCGGUUGUCAGUGACGGGGAGUGAGGUACAAGCCAGGCCAGGCCAUUGAUUUAUCUUACUACAAAAAAAUUGAAUUUUUUUCUUAAAAGCUCUCUUGCAUACUUCGAAUGAUGUCUUUCAAAUUUCAUGAAAGCCACGGCUAGGUUACUGCAAUUUUUUUCUAUCGAUUAUUAUUUUUUUUUUAAAGAAUGAAAAAUAUAAUUUUUACGACGGGGACUUUUUACUAGCAACCAUCCAAGUGCUAAGAAAGAAAUAUUGAAAGUUCGUUAUAAAGUUUUUGGAUUAAAGAUGUGCCAGAGAUGGUCUAAACACAACUUGGCAUUUCCAUGGUUGUAUCAACGAUAUCAACAAGUUUUGUAAGCCUGAAAUUAGUCCGUGGUGCUUUGAUGUCUGUCUGUGGAAAGAGUGGACCAUGAAAUUACUGCAAAGAAUUAUUUAUUUACUAGCACAGUCAAUUUCAAUUAAGUUACGUGAUAAUUUGUGUUUUUGUUGUAAUGAAGGCUUGAACAAAAAUAUAGUUGUUAAAUUGGGACUUUCAGAAAAGUGUGCCAUUUUGACUGAGAUGGGACGCCUGAAAAUUCGCUGGGCUAAACAUAAUGCCAUAGUUAAGCGAGGCUAAUGUUAGCCACAAUUUAUCUCUUGUCAGUUAAAAACAAAGAGCUUAGCUGAAUUUGAGUUCAUAAUCUAAAUGUUCCUCUAUGAUAGGCGAAGCAAUAAAUUGAAUUAAUUGUG